CAAUGCCCCCCAAACAUGUUUUAACUCCCCCAAAUGGACCCAAAACCCCCCAAAUCCCCAUCCAACCCCCUCCAGAUCCCUUCAAAUCUUCCCCAGUGAGUCAAGCUCUGGACAGUAGAUUGUGCCCCAUGGAUGGGAUUGCAGAGGCUCCCUCAGGUCCCCAGGAUGAAUCAUCACUCUCUGCAAGUCCCUGCCAGGAGGUUGUAGCCAGGUGGGGCUGGGGCUGUUCUGCCAGGAAGCAGCAGUAGGACAAGAGGGCUGGGUCUUGAGCUGUGCCAGGGGAAGUUUAGGUUGGAUAUUAGGAAGCAAUUUUUUGUCUAGAGAGUAAUCAGGCCUUGGAAUGGGCUGGGCAGGGAGGGGGUGGAGUCAGCGUCCCUGGAGGUGUUGAAGGUGAGAGUGGAUGUGGCCUCAGUGCCAUGGUCUGGGAAGCACGGCGGGGUUGGAUCCAGGGUUGGACUUGAUGAUCUCGGAGGUCUUUUCCAAUGUGGCUGAUUCUGUGAUUCUCUGAUUCCCAUUCCUAUGGCAGCACAUGCUUGAGGCUCUAUCCCCAGGGUGAUAGAGAUGUCUGUCCAUAUCUAUCUCCAAGGUUAGUCUGUAAAUGUGUGGUGUUAGAAAAGCAGGCUGAGUUCUGGGCUGGUUGUAGAAGGAGAAAGAAGCCCAGAGGCCAGUGCAAGCAGGCAGCCCUGAGCUUGCACCUGAUGUCCCCUCCCUGCAGGUUCCUGUCCUUGAGCCCAGGCCCUGAGGUGAGGCUGAGAAGUGGCGCGGAGGUGAGCCCAGAGCUGUCCCUGAGGUGAGGCUGAGAAUAAGUGCAAGGCAGAGGUGCUGCUGAGGAAGGAGAGCCCCGUGGUGGGGAAGAGAGGCAAAGCUGUGAAUGCCCAUCCCCGAGAAGGUGCUGUGUCCAUCCCCUGUGUGCCAGGAUUUGUCCUUCCCAAAGCUUGGGCGGAUGGAGGAGGAGGCUGCGAGGAAGAGGAAGAUGCCUUGGGCCCCCCAGGCAGGCCCCGAGCUGAGGACGGAGAGCCCGGAGGACAAAUCCCCCCGUGAGACCCUGGUGGGAGAGGCCGUUUUGAAGGGCUCCCCGGCGCAGGAAGGCAGCGGGGAGGAAAAGGGCCGGAGAUCCCCCCUCAGGAGGGGCUCCAAAGCCAUCCCAGGGUGCUCUGAGGAGGAAAGAGCCAGCCUGUGCCGGGAAGGCAGCCGGAGCUUGAGGGGGAGCUCUGAGCUGGUGGUCCCUGAGCAGCCUCCCAGCAGGCAGAAGCCCUUCAGGUGUUUGGAAUGUGGGAAGAGCUUCAGGAAGAGCUCCGACCUCCUCAAGCACCAUCACAUCCACAGUGGGGAACGGCCCUACCUGUGUGGGGAAUGUGGGAAGUGUUUCAGGAACAGCUCCAACCUCCGCAGACACCAGCGCAUCCACAGUGGGGAACGGCCCUACAUGUGUGGGGAAUGUGGGAAGAGCUUCAGUGACUUAUCCACCCUCCGCAAACACCAGGUGAUCCACACUGGGGUGCGGCCCUACACGUGUAGGGAAUGUGGGAAGAGCUUUAGGGACAGCUCAAAGCUCCUCACCCACCAGCACAUCCACAGUGGGGAACGGCCCUACAUAUGUGGGGAAUGUGGGAAGAGCUUCAGGGAGAGCUCCAGCCUGAUCCGACACCAGCUUAUCCAUACUGGGGAACGACCCUACAAGUGCUUGGAAUGUGGGAAGAGAUUUCAGACCAGCUCAGAUCUCCUCGUGCACCAGCGGACGCACACGGAUGAGAGGCCCUUCCGCUGCCCCCACUGCGGGAAAGGCUUCAAGCAGAACUCCCACCUCGUCACCCACCAGCGCAUCCACAGCGGGAGAGGCCCUACAAGUGUGGGGAGUGUGGGAAGAGCUUCAUCAAGAGCUCAACUGUGGGGAAUCCUGCUGAUUGAAAAUGGAGGCAUUGGUCCUGACAACAUGUUGAUGCACUCUGAGAGAGGAGAAAAACAUCAAGAGAAAGCUGUCCCGUGAGAACAAGGACACUGUCCCAUGAGAACAACAACUUAUUUUGAACAAAGUGGCUGAGAAAAAUAUAAACAUGAGAAGAAAACAAGAACAGAUGUGCAGAGGGACUGUUAGAAAGUAGGACUG